UGUAGGAAAGGAAACGGUGGUAAUAGGAAUUGGGGGAAAGUAAGGAUCCUUCCCCACAAACAUUGGUAUUAUUCAGCUCAUUUCAAAGGAUUCGGCUGCUGCCAUUUGUGAGAGCUGCUGGAGGCUGAGUGGAAGUCAUUUUGAAAGACUGAUCCAAGGAAGAAUGGAGGCCAGAGUAGUGCGUGCUGUGCAGAAAAGGCAAGUCCUAUUUCUUUGUGUUUUUCUGGGAAUGUCUUUGGCUGGCGCCGAACCGCUUCGGUAUUUUGUGGCGGAGGAAACAGAGAGAGGCACCUUUCUUACCAACUUGGCGGAAGACCUAGGGUUAGGGAUAGGGGAACUGAGAGCCCGAGGAACUAGAAUUGUUUCAGACCAGAACUUGCCAUUUUUAGUGCUCAGUCCGCUUACUGGUGAUUUACUUCUAAAUGAGAAAUUGGACCGAGAGGAACUGUGUGGCCCCAGAGAGCCCUGUGUGCUGCCUUUCCAGUUGUUAUUGGAAAAACCUUUUCAGAUUUUCCGUGCUGAACUAUGGGUCAGAGACAUCAAUGAUCACUCUCCAGUAUUUCUAGACAGAGAGAUUUCCUUGAAAAUAUUAGAAAGUACAACUCCAGGGGCGGCAUUUCUCCUAGAAAGUGCACAGGAUUCAGAUGUUGGAACCAACAGCCUGAGUAACUACACCAUCAGCCCCAAUGCCUAUUUCCAUAUUAACUUCCAUGAUAGUGGGGAGGGGAAUAUCUAUCCCGAAUUGGUGCUGAAUCAAGUGCUGGAUCGGGAAGAGAUACCAGAGUUCAGUUUAACCCUCACCGCUUUGGAUGGCGGCUCUCCUCCCAGAUCAGGGACCGCCCUCGUACGCAUCCUGGUUCUAGACAUAAAUGACAACGCCCCUGAUUUUCUGCGGUCGCUUUACAAAAUGCAGGUGCCCGAAAAUAGCCCCGUUGGUUCCAUGGUUGUCUCCUUGUCAGCCAGAGAUUUAGAUACCGGAAGUAAUGGGGAAAUAUCCUAUGCAUUUUCUUAUGCCACUGAAAUAAUUCUCAAAACGUUUCAAAUCAAUCCAACAUCUGGUAAUCUUCAUCUUAAAGCGGAACUGGACUAUGAGGCAAUUCAAACUUACACAUUAACUAUUCAGGCCAAAGACGGCGGCGGGCUUUCUGGAAAAUGCACUGUGGUGGUUGAGGUAACAGAUAUAAACGAUAAUCGACCCGAGCUGCUCCUGUCUUCACUUACUAGCCCAAUUGCAGAAAACUCAUCUGAGACAGUCGUGGCUGUUUUUAGGAUUAGAGACAGAGAUUCUGGGAACAAUGGAAAGACAGCGUGCUCCAUCCAGGACGAUCUCCCCUUCAUCCUGAAGCCAUCUAUAGAGAACUUCUAUACUCUGGUAACAGAGAAACCUUUGGAUCGAGAGAGGAACACUGAGUACGACAUCACCAUCACCGUCACCGACUUGGGGACACCCAGGCUGAAAACCGAGUACAACAUAACCGUGCAGGUCUCCGACGUCAAUGACAACGCCCCCGCCUUCACCCAAACCUCCUACACCCUGUUCGUCCGCGAAAACAACAGCCCCGCCCUGCACAUCGGCAGCGUCAGCGCUACAGACAGAGACUCAGGCACCAAUGCCCAGGUCACCUACUCGCUGCUGCAGCCCCAGGAUCCGCACCUGCCUCUCGCCUCCUUGGUCUCCAUCAAUGCGGACAGCGGCCACCUGUUCGCCCUCUGGUCUCUGGACUACGAGGCCCUGCAGGCGUUCGAGUUCCGCGUGGGCGCUGCAGACCACGGGUCCCCGGCGCUGAGCAGCGAGGCGCUGGUGCGCGUGCUGGUGCUGGACGCCAACGACAACUCGCCCUUCGUGCUGUACCCGCUGCAGAACGGCUCCGCGCCCUGCACCGAUCUGGUGCCCCGGGCGGCCGAGCCGGGCUACCUGGUGACCAAGGUGGUGGCGGUGGACGGCGACUCGGGCCAGAACGCCUGGCUGUCGUACCAGCUGCUCAAGGCCACGGAGCCCGGGCUGUUCGGUGUGUGGGCGCACAAUGGCGAGGUGCGCACCGCCAGGCUGCUGAGCGAGCGCGACGCGGUCAAGCACAGGUUGGUGGUGCUGGUCAGGGACAAUGGUGAGCCUCCGCGCUCGGCCACCGCCACGCUACACGUGCUCCUGGUGGACGGCUUCUCCCAGCCCUUCCUGCCGCUCCCAGAGGCGACCCCAGCCCAGGCCCAGACGGAAUCGCUCACUGUUUACCUGGUGGUGGCAUUGGCCUCAGUGUCAUCGCUCUUCCUCUUGUCCGUGCUCCUGUUCGUGGCGGUGCGGCUGUGCAGGAGGAGCAGGGCUGCCUCUGUGGGUCGCUACUUGGUGCCUCAGGGCCCCUUUCCUGGAUAUCUGGUGGAUGUGAGCGGCACCGAGACCCCAUCCCAGAGCUACCAGUAUGAGGUGUGUCUGGCAGGAGAUUCCGGGACCAGCGAGUUCAAAUUUCUGAAGCCAAUAUUACCCAAUAUUCAGGGCCAAUGCCCUGAGCCAGAAAUGGAAGAAAACUCUAACUUUAGAAAUGAUUUUGGUUUCAGCAUUCAACUAAAAUAA